AUGUCUGAAGCUCUGAAAGAUCCAUCAUUGGGACCAGAUGAGCCCCAUGUACUCGACCCCAAUAUUUCAGAUCAAAAGCUCAAAUUUAUCUAUCGUCAAAUGGCCAACAUUCUACUCCAGCUCUCAGGAUUCAAAUUUGAUCAAAUCGGUUCGCUAGUUCAAGAUGAACAAGGCAACUUCUCUGCUUCCGGACGACCUAUCAUCCAAAACAUGAACUCUAUCAUCGAAUUCACGGAUGCUCCUCCACACUUACUUCCCUCAAAACCGCACACCAACUCUGAAGACUGGUACAAAGCCCUUGCAGACAUGCAUCUUCUGCAAUACACCUUUCAACAAAAUGACGCGGUGAAGGAGAAUGACGGUGAACAGAGCGUGUAUGACGCCUAUGUUGGGAGGCAACUUUUCCGAAACCUUGCUGCAGACGGACGGCUGACCACCGGACUUUAUUCGGAAGAUUUACGUCCUUCAAACGUUCUUAUUGACGAGAAACUCAAGGUCGUCGCAGUCUUGGAUUGGGAGUUUGCUUACGCGGCUCCAGCUCAGUUCUCGUUCGACCCUCCGUGGUGGCUGCUUCUCAAGGCCCCGGAAUGCUAUCCAGGGGCAUAUAUUCCUUUCUCAAAGGCGUAUGAGCUAAGGCUUGAGACAUUCUUAAGCGUCCUGAGAGAAGAAGAAGAAGACGAAGAAUGGAGACGCCGUAGAUCGCAACCAAGAAGAGUCGCUGGAUGCCAAUCGCCUAGUGUCAAGGUAGCAAGCCCAACUGAGGAGCCGCUGUCCUCUCGCAUGCGCAAAAGCUGGGAUACCAAGACUUGGAUGAUCAACUACGCGGCCAGAAACAGUUGGAACUUGGAAUUCCUGUUCUGGCGGUUCUUAGACCCCGAAUUCUUUGGCCCUGGAAACGAGUCUGCCGACCAUCACGCGAGACUGUCGCUUCUGAGCGAGCCACAACGCCAAGUGAUGCGAGAAUUUGUGGCGAUCAAAUUGGAAGAAUCAAAUGUGCGCGAGUUAAUUGAUUGGGAUACACAUGACGCGGAAACACAUCUCAAGAGAUUUUUGGUUUAG